AUGUACACUUUCUUAGUGGACAGAACAAGUCUUUGUUCCCGGCGUGUAGAUCUAAAAGAUGACUGCAGCUUUCUACCUGCCCUAAGCAUAGAUACCUACACCAACAUCAAGCUCUAUGCUAUUAUUCCAGUGAUGACAGCUUCGGUCAUGUUGCAGUCUUUAGAGGGCACUCUAAGUAAAGUCAGGGUCAGUGAAGCGGCAAACCUGAGGCCACAUUUCAUUAAUCAAAAUGUUUGCACCAACGUUGUCUUGAAGGUUUCAUAUUUGGUGAAGUACAACACAACAGGCCAAAUAGUGAAUGCCGAAGUGGAGCUGCUGCUUGGGAACUUUCAUUUAACGCCACUUUCCCUGCAGCAAGAGUAUGGGAUCAAAUUUAUUCAGGAUUCAAUAGACAAUAUACCAGUACGUAAAAGUGGAAAUCCAGGUUAUGCUGUUGGACUUCCUAUUUUGUCUGGACAAGCAAUUGCUGAAUAUCCUUUUUCUGGAAUGCUGCUGAACAGCAACCCAGGUGACAGACUCUCUCUUCUCCAGAGUUCUGCUAACCACAACUGCAUGAACAGCCCUCAUCAGCGCUCUCCGGUCUUGUUUGGUGUAGAAUCAAUACUGGAGGAUACAACCAACUGCUCUCUUGUUUCCCAAAUAAUUCUUGAUGUUCUGCAAGGACAAACCUAUCCACAAUAUGUUGCUAAAUUUGGAAACUCUGCAUUGGAAAAUUCCCUAGAGUGGUUGACCAUCAAGCAUGCUAAUAAUAAUAAGGGUACACAGAUUUGCAGUAUCCCAUUGUCACUUGAUUUAAAGAUUAAAUGGACCAAAUAUGGACUCCUGUGGAAUCCCCAAAUUCAGAUUGUAAGCAUCGAGCAAGUAAUCCUGACCAAUACCACCAGUUUGGCGAAUUUCAUCAGAGGGAGUGAUGCGAUUUCAAUUCGGAGUUCAGUGAGCUUCAGAGAAAUUUCUGCUGCUGCUCUUCCUGGUUACAGAGCUAUACCGACCAUCAAUGCCAAGCUGCCCGUUGACUUUUUUUUUCCAUUUGUUUGA